CUUGGAGAGGCUACCUGUGCUCCGGCGCUUUCCUCAUUCGGCAGCGGAGGCUGCGGCGGGGCCGGGGCUGGGGUCGGGGCCAGGAGGAAUUUUGUUGUCAGAGACUAAAAGGAGGUUGUCGUAAUUGACUUUAAGCAGCAAACAGUAAAACACUGAGCUCUUCAGCUCCACCUUUCUUGCUCUGAGAAUUGGAAAACCAAGAAGGUUUUGAUGUUUUGUGUGGCGCCACCUGAAUCAGAAGCCAAGAUGAACAUAACCAAAGGGGGUCUGGUGUUGUUUUCGGCAAAUUCUAAUUCAUCAUGUAUGGAACUUUCAAAGAAAAUCGCUGAGCGGCUGGGGGUGGAGAUGGGCAAAGUGCAAGUUUACCAGGAGCCUGACAGAGAAACAAGAGUACAAAUUCAAGAGUCUGUGAGGGGGAAAGAUGUUUUCAUCAUCCAAACUGUUUCAAAGGAUGUGAACACCACCAUCAUGGAGCUCCUCAUCAUGGUGUACGCGUGUAAGACCUCCAGCGCCAAAAGCAUCAUUGGCGUGAUCCCCUACUUUCCUUACAGCAAACAGUGCAAGAUGAGAAAGAGAGGCUCCAUUGUUUCUAAACUGCUAGCUUCCAUGAUGUGCAAAGCUGGUCUGACUCAUCUUAUUACUAUGGAUUUACACCAGAAGGAAAUUCAGGGCUUCUUCAAUAUUCCUGUUGAUAAUUUAAGAGCAUCUCCCUUCUUAUUACAGUAUAUUCAAGAAGAGAUCCCAGAUUACAGAAAUGCAGUGAUCGUGGCCAAGUCUCCAGCCUCAGCUAAGAGGGCACAGUCUUUUGCUGAGCGCCUGCGACUGGGCAUCGCAGUGAUUCACGGAGAAGCGCAGGACGCCGAGUCCGACCUGGUGGACGGGCGGCAUUCCCCGCCCAUGGUCAGGAGCGCUGCCGCCAUCCACCCCAGCCUGGAGAUCCCCAUGCUGAUCCCCAAGGAGAAGCCCCCGAUCACAGUGGUCGGUGACGUGGGAGGAAGGACCGCCGUCAUUGUGGACGACAUCAUUGAUGAUGUGGACAGCUUCCUCGCUGCAGCAGAGACCCUGAAGGAAAGGGGUGCGUAUAAGAUCUUCGUGAUGGCGACUCACGGCUUGUUAUCCUCCGACGCCCCUCGACUGAUCGAGGAAUCUGCCAUUGAUGAGGUGGUGGUUACCAAUACAAUUCCACAUGAAAUCCAGAAGCUCCAGUGCCCCAAAAUUAAAACUGUGGAUAUAAGCAUGAUCCUUUCAGAAGCCAUCCGUCGGAUUCACAAUGGGGAGUCCAUGUCCUACCUUUUCAGAAACAUAGGUUUAGAUGACUGAACAGCUUUCCUCUCUUAAAACUCUCGAGGGCCAAACUGGAAUAGUAAGAAUAAGCACUGUGAGGCACAUGCCUGACUGAUGUAUUUCACAGGGACCGUCUGUGUCUUGUUCCUUCCUUUUGUUAAUUCCUAUGAAGAGAGACCAACUUUUUAAGUCCAUUUGGGUGUUUGUGAGUUUAUGGGGGCAAUUUUUUUUUUUUGCGGUAGGCAGGCCUCUCACUGCUGUGGCCUCUCCCGUUGCGGAGCACAGGCUCCGGACGCGCAGGCUCAGCGGCUAUGGCCCACGGGCCCAGCCACUCUGCGACAUGUGGGAUCUUCCUGGACUGGGGCACAAACCCGUGUCCCCUGCAUCAGCAGGCGGACUCUCAACCACUGCGCCACCAGGGAAGCCCUAUGGGGGCAAUUUUUAUAAAAGAAAAACUAUAUUCUCCUCUUGAAUAAAAUAAGACCUGGUUGUGUUCAGUUUACCUGUUGAAAAAAUAACUUGGAAAAAAGAUUUUAAGCUCACAAACAACCUUUUCCCAAAGUUGCUGGAGCCCAGGUGCUUUAAAAAGUUAAUAAAAUAAAAUGAUAUACUGUAUGAUACUGCAGGUGAAAAGCCAAAAAGAUUAUUCUGUUAAGUCCAGUAAAUUACAUUUUUAGAAAUGCUGUUAUAGACAUGCAUAUGGAAUAUGUGACCGUUAUUUAUUUUCUGCAACAAAA